AUGUCACAAAAGAAAUUCACUCUUGACCUUCUGAGAGAGUUUGGUUGUAUAGAUUUCCCAUCUAUGACCUGUCCUAUGGAUCCCUCAGUGAAACUGAAAGCUGAUGAGGGAGCUCCACUAGCUGAUCCCUCCUAUUAUAGGAAGCUGAUUGGUAAACUUAACUUUCUCGCUAAUACUAGGUUGGAUAUUGCAUAUAGUGUACAACAUCUCAGUCAGUUCAUGCAGAGUCCCAGGAAACCCCAUUUAAAGGCAGCAUAUUAUGUCCUAAGAUACUUAAAAGGUGCCCCAUCUUUGGGCAUUUUCCUCAGCAACACUGCAGAUUAUGGUGUGAAGGCAUUCUGUGAUUCAGACUGGGCUACUUGCUCUCAAUCAAGGAAAUCAGUCAGUGGGUACAUUGUGCUACUUGGUAAUAGCCCUAUCAGCUGGAAGUCUAGGAAGCAGUCUACUGUUUCAUAA